UUUAUUAAACGAUUGCAACAGCGCUCGUGGGUCGUGCUGGGAAAAAAACAGAAUACCCAUACUCUUUUGCAUGCGAUGCUCGCCCCAUCUUUUCGACUAAGUCAGUAUGCCGCCAGCUACAGAAAUAGGAGAUAGCAUGAGAACAAUUCCGGACAAUUAAGAUAAUUUCAUGGAUUAUCUGGACAUUAUUUCAAGAUAUUCAAUCUUUUAAAGUGACGAAGAUCUUUCGACACGUGGUUUGACUUGUUUUGGACUAAUCCCUAGUUGGCGGCAGUAUUCAUUGUGUUUGUUUCAACUUUUUUAUUGUCGUCUAAUCGAGUGAUCUGUGAAAGUAAAAGUCGUCUAUAUGAUUCAUCAUGAGUUCUUCAGUGUUCGAAGUGACUGACAUUAACCUGGAUAAGGAAUCCAGUUCAUGCACCAUGUUUCCAGAUCAUGUAAUCAAUUUGGCUGAUACUGAUGCUAGUGUCUUACUUGAUGGGAAUGGUCUACCCUCAUUGCCUGGAUUGGAUGAGUUUUGUCGGAACUCCAGCGGCCAAGUUAACGAGAUCUACAAUUUGCUAGGUCAUAAUGGAGAAGUCGUAUUUGAUAUGAAUCAAUUAUCUAAUACCCCACAUGAACUGAAUUUGGAACAUCAGCCCGUCAGCGAGAACCAAAAUUUUCGGUCUUCAAAUUGCGAUGCACCUAUAGAUGGACCUGCCCUUGAUUGCCCUAAUCAGAUAAGACAAUGUGAAGAUGGCAUAGAAAACUCAGCAGUAACACUGUUGGAUAUUAGUAACAGAGCCGGCGUAUCGUUGAUUGGUCAAGACCAGCUGAUGGCCACGCCCACCACUAGUUACAGUGAAAAGUGUUCAACCGACGACCAAAAUUCGAUUCGAACGGAAGCCACUUUAACAAGAACGUCGGAGGUUUUGCAAGUGCAAGAACCUAACGAAGAUGAGAUCGAUGAGGCGUUCCAAAAUGUUUUUAGUGGCUUUGGGACCGCGGACGAGAAGGAAAUCCAUGCCAUGUUAGACAUAGACACGCUUAAAAGCUGUCUGGAUUACGCGCGCAGUUGUCCAUUGCUAAUAUGCAAUUACUGCCUUGAGCUCUUUCAGCAUAUACCCCCAUUUCAACUGCAUAUUCAAACCUGCUGCGCACCGCCAAGAGUCGAACUCAAGCAGAAAAUGGAUCAGGCUGCUAUGGAUCAGCUUGCCCGUUCAUUAUGGAAAGAAGUUUUUUUGAGACAGUUGAAAAAUCAACCAAUAAGUCAAAACCUAAUGCAACAUGAGGAACACUUGCACAACGAACUGGAUGAACUCUGGUUAGCAGGUUCUUUCGAUACCAUGCUGAAAUGUCGCGAAAUCUUUAUUCGAGCUGCCGUAGCCAUCGUCUCUCGCCGAUGGGUUGCAAAUGCUGUUGGCAAUGAACUUCAUCGUGUCAGAGCACUGAAAUCUAAACAGUCAAAAAAGCGUGCUAUGGUUGAAUCGGACACUGAUCAAUCAAUUUCGGAACCUAAACCGGCGAAAUCAGACCAACCUUGUAGCUCGAAGAAAAAAAAGACUCGUUUAAAGUCAUGUAAUGCAAGCUCGCAAAAACCCACCGAAACAGAUAUUGCCAUUCGAGGACUAGUCGGUGAACUUGACGAAACGAGUAACACCCCCCGCUAUCAUUUCACGCCCGAAACACCGGUAUCUGAACAUGGAAUAGAUGUGACGCCAGUACCUCAUCACGGCAGGGACAUGAUUGCAGCCCCUGACAUGACACGAAGCAGAGAAGACUCAAUUACGACACCCAUAUCAGACAGUGGAGUCGACUUUACACCUGAAAUGGAUUACGAACUGGACCGCUUUGUCAGAGAAGUGCCUGAUGUCGACUUACUCGCAGAAGCCGCAAAAGGUUUUGAAAAUUUGGAUAACACCUCUGAUGUGUGGGAAAAUAAUGCAACUGCGGAUGAGGCGUUGAGUGAAAACGAAUUCGUUGUGGGCAAAAUUUUAGACCGACGAUUGCUUUACAAAGUUGAAGAUUCUAACCCACAGGAGGAAGACUAUGAAUACCUCGUUUCAUGGGAAGGUUAUGGCGAAGAGGACAAUACGUGGGAACCUUAUGAACACCUAAAGCACUGCACACAAAAACUGAAUUUUGAAGCGCCUUCGUAUUCUUGUGUUCUUAGUCUCGCCAGAACAGGCAAUCCAGAUUUUCUCAUGUAUGUUGAUGAAUAUUACGUGACCAACUAUUUUUCUUUUUUCUACUGUGCGUGGAUAAGUAUAACCAAGUUUUAAUCUGA